UCGAGGAACACCUGUGGAACCUGUGGACGGCUGUGUGCUGAUACAGCACAGCGCGUCGGCGAAACACAACAAACAAACUUUGCUUUAAUAACACGCGAGCGGAUUAACACAUUUUGUAAUUAUAUACGUAAACGGCGUGUGUAGGGAUUAGUGGCAGGUUUACAAGAUGGACGCAGUGCAGCAGACACCACCGCGAUGAGAGCCGGGAGCGGACGAUUCAAGGGUUUUUGCCAUAGAAUAGAUCUCGACGCCAAAGUCCCAAUAUUCAGCCAUCCGUAAUUAGUGCCAUACACAACUGAAAACGUAAACGAAGUGCAAUAAAAGUCAAAAACAAACCUCUGUGCAAACAAAGUGAACUCUGUGAUAGACAAAGUCUCUGCAAACGCCAUAUUUUCAAAAUCAAAUCAAAUUCUCUCAAAUGACCCGACGCAGCAUUGAUAUGCAGACCGCGCACCAUGUGAACACCUCCUCACCGCCGGGGAUGAUGGAAAUGAACGGUAUGAUGUCGCCACCGCCACCACAGGCAUCACAAGCAUCACCACACGGUUCAAACCAUUCUCCUCUGCGUUCCGAUGCGCCUAGCCCGCCGACAAUGCUCGCCACCAUGACACCUGUGAACGUCAUCGAGCUGAAAAAAGAAAUGGACCGCAAGCAUCAUGCUAUGCAACACCAACAUAGCCCACCGCCGAUGUACACUCAGGUCAAGACAGAAGUCAUGUACGAAAAGGAAGAGGAUCUAUACGCGGCUGAUAAACACGAUGCACCCAUUGAUUUGAUCUAUGAGGAUGGUAAUAAAACUGUAAUCUAUACAACCGCGCCGGAUCAGAAAGGGGUUGAGAUUUAUUCCGCGGAUAGCUCACGGGAGAUUACUAUUAAUAGUAUAAGCGCACAUCAGAUGCCCGGGCAUCAUCAUCCGCAUCUUGUACAUGAUGUGCUUGUUGAUGCGAAUGGGGAGAGUGUCAUGCAUGGUAACGACCCGCAUGAUCAUCACAAUGGGACAGUCAGCGUGGUUCUCCAGGGUGGUGGGCAGGGAUUACUACAGUAUCCGCAGAAUCAAGUGCCUGGGACCACGGUUUUGGUCCUAUCGGAACUCGUCGAGGAUAUGAAUGGGUCUGUCGUCGGAAUAAGAAAGUAUCGUCGCGCCGGCUUGGAGGGUAGCGAAGGUACGGGGGCGGCGUCGCCGCUCUGGGGCGAGCCGGCUCGCGGCGGCAUGGCCGAGCUCUCGCCUGACGCAGGCGACGACCACCAUCAUCAACAACACCUCCACCAACAACAACAGCAACAACAACAACAACAAUCAUGGUCAAAAUAUUAUGAGCAUCCAUUAACAGCCGCCACUUCUGCUAUGCUCAACAUUGGGGGCGGCGAUGUGGACCAAGCUGCUCCCAUGGGACUGAUCUAUGAGUAUUACAAGCUACCGCUCACUUCACAGAACGUGGAGAAAGAUAAGCUUGACAUGUGGACGACCUCACAAUCUGGCGGUAUAUUAUCCUCGCAACUGAAGAACGCCAACGGAUUGGUAAGUGGGACGGGCAUUGAGCUAACCCCACCUCUGAGCGGCGCCGGGCACCUUGGCUCGCAGGACAUCCAAGGGUUAUUCGUCAGCCAGCCGCACGUCGGCUACGCGCCGCACCAGCCGCAGCAGACGACCACCCUCGCCGGCACCCAGCAGCCGCUCCAGGUCGUCAAACGUGAACCCGAGGACCUAAGCCAUCAUCGUCGCUUGGUGGACAACGGAUCCCCCAGCCUCGACGGGUCCAUCAUUGUCAGCAGACCACAACAACGUCAUAAGGUGGUCCUUGUUGCAUCGGGCAGCCACAAUUCCGGCGACCUUAUCGUAGAUGUAAAUUCCAUUAAAGACGAACACAAUCGUGGUCUAAACUCACCCCAGCACGGUUCCCGAUCAGUGAACGGCACACCCACCUCCACUCACAGCAGUUUGCUUGCGGAUGGUUCCAACAACGCGGGUAACAUCGAAUUCAUCUCCACGGAUGGCCUCAAACCCGCAAUGUACAGCACGCAGAUCUUUACAUCGAUGGGCAAUCCGCACGGCGGCGGCAGUGGCACACCCUCACCCAUUCCAUACACCACUGACCACGUGGGUCAAUACGUCCAGGCUGGUGUAGGAGGUGGUUACGCGACCAAUGUGGUACGCUCCGGUAGUGCUACUGGUUUCUCUGUUUCGGAACCUUAUUACCGGGAGUAUUUCACAACAGUGGCUUCCGGAGCUGGUACACCUGAACCCGUGUACUCCACACAGUUAAGACAGAGUCAAGUGGCUUACGGUGAUGAAUCAACUGCUGGAGGUGGUACUACUGCUAGUUUUGUUGAGAGGUAUGUUCGGCAAUCCAGCGCUUAUCAUGGGAAAGGUGUUAUUGCUGCUGCAACGGCCGCGGGACUUACUGUGGAUUUGCCUAGUCCUGAUAGUGGGAUCGGUGCGGAUGCGAUCACGCCAAGGGAUCAGAAUAAUAUGCAACAGUCUUUUGAUUAUACUGAAUUAUGUCAGAAUAAUUCUGGUUUAUUGGACCCACUGGCGAUGGGACCAAGGAGCAAUCCUUCGCAAUCACCUGGAUCACAAGCUAGUACCCGCAGUCGACCAUGGCAUGAUUUUGGUCGUCAAAAUGACGCGGAUAAGAUACAAAUACCGAAAGUAUUUUCACCAGUUGGCUUCAAAUACAAUUUGGAGACGCCGAUCUCGACGUCGCAGCGAAGGGAGGACGACCGGAUCACAUACAUCAACAAGGGCCAGUUCUACGGCAUCACGCUGGAGUACGUGCCUGAUGCUGACAAGCCGCUCAAGUCGCAAACGGUCAAGAGUAUUGUGAUGCUGAUGUUCCGUGAAGAAAAAUCCCCCGAAGACGAAAUCAAAGCCUGGCAAUUCUGGCACGGACGGCAGCACUCCGUGAAGCAGCGAAUCUUGGACGCAGACACGAAAAACAGUGUUGGCUUGGUUGGUUGCAUUGAAGAAGUGGCACAUAACGCCAUUGCAGUGUAUUGGAAUCCGCUAGAGAGCGCUGCUAAGAUUAAUAUUGCCGUACAAUGCCUAAGCACAGACUUUAGUAGCCAAAAGGGCGUUAAAGGAUUGCCAUUGCACCUUCAAAUUGAUACGUACGAAGAUCCCAGGGAUUCCACCAUCGCUGAUCGUGGUUAUUGCCAAAUUAAAGUGUUUUGUGAUAAGGGAGCUGAGCGUAAAACGAGAGAUGAAGAACGCCGCGCCGCCAAACGUAAGAUGACUGCAACCGGUCGCAAGAAGUUGGAUGAACUCUACCAUCCCGUGUGUGAACGUUCAGAGUUUUACGGUAUGAGCGAUUUAGCUAAACCUCCUGUAUUCUUUUCUCCUGCUGAAGACAUUGAUAAGUUAACAUCAAUGGAACUGCAAGGUUUUUAUGGUCACGACACAGAUGGCGCUCUAGGUGGUACGGUGCACACCGAGCAUGUGAAAGCCGCCUCCCCAUUCCUGCUCCACACGGCGGCUAAACCACCGGUAACGCCUACACUCAAGUUCCACAAUCACUUCCCACCUGAUGCUGAUAAAAAGGACGGGUUGUUAGACGCGUUAAAUACUGAUGGUAACGUGUUUGCGCCGCCUCUCAAACGUGCCAAAAUGCUUGCGGCGGCGUCCAACAACAAUGCCCCGUCAUUGGUUGCGCCACCCCCGCCGCAACCGCCGCUCAAUGAACGUGUCAUGCUGUACGUGCGUCAGGAGUCCGAUGAUGUCUAUACGCCACUGCACGUCGUCCCACCAACGACUGUUGGCCUGCUCAAUGCCAUUGAGAAUAAGUACAAAAUUUCUGCUUCGAACAUAAAUAACUUGUAUCGCAAAAACAAAAAAGGCAUAACGGCCAAGAUUGAUGACGACAUGCUGGCGUACUACUGCAACGAGGACCUGUUCCUGCUGGAGCUGAAGGCCGUCGACGAGGACCUCUACGAUAUUACCUUCGUCGAGCUCUGACACGCCACGGCCUCCGCCGCCGCUCAGAUGUGAUUUGUUUUUCGUUUUAAAUCUCGCGACACACACGCUCAUAUAUUUUAUUAUCGCUUGCUGUGCGUUGUCCUCUAACGAAGAGAAUCGUUUUUAUAUUUUACACUAUUGGAUAUUAGCCCACCGCCCCAUCAUGCGACCCAAAUUAAGUUAGGGGGGCGGUGAGGGCGUAAGAAACAUGGAAUUCGAUCGAUCGCAGGUCAUUUGUUGCCAACUUGUUUUUUAUUGAUUUUAUUUUUAUAGCUUAUCGUUAUGACGUACGCGCAUUUGUGAAAUGCGCCAAACCGGAAGUACUUGUGAUCGACCGAAAGCGAAUACACGAAACAUAUAUAUUUUUUGCAUAUUUACAUAUAUACAUAUUGAUAUAUUAUAGCUAGCAUUCAAUGUGAAACAUACAAAACAAAAAAGUGUCAUGUCGUCGUGCGCCAUCUUGUAAAUUUUAAUCACUUUGUAGAAAAAGUGAGGGAAAUAUGAUGGCGCUGAAUAGUGUCGAUUGAUCUCGGACAAUGAUGGUCGGAUCCGAUUAUGUGGAAUUGUAAAUUAAUUUUUUUGAUGGAGAAAAAUUGCUAGUUUUAUAGGUUAUAGAAUGUUGAAGUUAUUAACACUUAUAUUCGUUGUUAGAUGGCGUCGACAUAAAACAAAAAUGAAGUGAAUUGAGACGCGCGCGCCUGUCGAAGUAUCCAUUGUCGUGUUGUACAUAAUCAAAGAGAAUUAAGAAUCAUCAUGCCAUAUAUAUUAGUUAUAUAUUUUAUAUAUAUAGAGAAAGAGAGUUUAAAUAUUAACGUAAUUAGAGUAACGUGUCACACAAAUGCAUCUCGUCCAGCCAUUCAUACUAGUACAUUCCCCCAAAACGUAAUGUCAUCGUUUUCUUCCAAUGUGAGCGAAACUGAAUCGAAAAUGAAGUACCUGAUCUAUUGUAAAAUUAACACUUGACAUGGCGGCCAAACACCAUCGGCGGAAGUCAAUGUUAAACUUACGGCACUGUUGUAUCGAGUUAUUUUGGGGCCCCCCGACUGAAUGAUAAUCGUCAUAGUUUGUUAAGAGACACAACACAACACAAAAUGUUAAUACGUACGGAAGUGCUGACGUGUAGAAUAUGCGUAGACCGACAGCUCUCUAUUUGCAUGCCCAUUCGUCUGCCAACUAUUAGGUUAGCAACGCAGGAAGUGCGUUGAUUGAUUAAAAGAAACAUUCGCAAUAUAAAUUAUAAGCGCCUUAGGUCGUAGCUAUCGAAAAAUUGUAUUUUUUAAUUGAUUUUCUAAAAUAAAGUAUCAAGAAAA